AUGUCUGAGACUGACCACUACUCUCAGGCCGACCACCCCCAAGCCCACCUCAGCCAGGAACACUCCGAUCAGCCUCUUGCGAAUGUUGUACGCAAAAAACUGAUGGGAUAUGUCGGCUUUGCCAACUUGCCCAACCAAGUCCAUCGUAAAUCAGUACGGAAGGGCUUCCACUUCACCGUCAUGGUCGUCGGUGAAAGUGGCCUGGGAAAAUCUACUCUCAUCAAUACCCUUUUUAAUACAACACUCUACCCUCCCAAAGAAUAUCCUGGACCCCAUGCUGAACGGCCACGGACGAUUGCCAUCCAGAGUAUCUCUGCCGAUAUCGAGGAAGCUGGCGUUCGCCUGAGACUUAAAGUCGUCGACACUCCCGGCUAUGGGGACUUUGUGAACAACUCCGAGUCAUGGAAGCCGAUCCUGGAGAACAUCGAAGCUCGAUUUGACGGCUACCUCGAACAGGAAAAUCGUGUCAACCGUGCCAAGAUCGUCGACAACCGAAUCCACGCCUGUAUCUACUUUAUCGAGCCCACUGGACACUCACUCAAGCUGGUCGAUGUAGAAUUCAUGAAGUGUCUUCACACCAAAGUCAAUCUUAUCCCAGUCAUCGCCAAAUCGGACACGAUGACGGAUGAUGAAAUUGCUGCGUUUAAGCAACGAAUCUUGGCGGAUAUUGCAUUUCACAAUAUUCGAAUCUACGAAGCCCGUCGGUACGAAAAAGAGGAUGAAGAAACCAUCGCUGAAAAUGAGGAGAUCAUGCGGAAAAUCCCAUUCGCAAUUGUCGGCUCGGACUCGGAAGUUCAAACAGCUGAUGGCCGACAAUGCCGAGGACGUCAAUAUCCAUGGGGAAUCAUCGAAGUUGACAACGAGGAACAUUGCGACUUUGUCAAGCUAAGACAAAUGCUGAUCAGAACACACAUGGAAGAGUUGAAGGACCACACUGCGAAUGUGUUGUACGAAAAUUACCGAACGGAGAAAUUGAUUUCCAUAGGCGUCACUCAAGAUCACUCAGUCUUCCAGGAAGUCAAUCCUGCUGCUAAGAUGGCUGAAGAGAGGGCCCUCCAUGAGGCCAAGCUGGCAAAGAUGGAGGCCGAAAUGAAGAUGGUCUUCCAACAAAAAGUGGCUGAAAAGGAGGCUAAAUUGAAGCAAUCGGAAGAAGAGCUAUACCACAGACAUCGUGACAUGAAAGAAGCGCUUGAGAAGCAAAAAGCGGACUUGGAAGAUAAGAAGCGUCGACUGGAAAGUGGCAGGCCCUUGACUCCAGAGAAAACGAAGAAGAAAGGGUUCCUCAGCAAUCGAUAA